UGUGUUUUUGUUUGUCUGUCUGCACACCAGCGAAGAAAUCACAGAGUCUGCUGCUGCUGGCGCGGAACGAAAACCCAGGAACUCUCUCUUCUCUCACUUUCCGCCCAUGAGGACUCCGGUAACCGCAGAGGACGCACGGAGCAGGACCGAAAGGGAGCACGGCCGGGGCAGUGGAGUCAGGUGCUGCUGCUGGAUGAGAGUCUGACUAGGCAUUUUCUCCCCGGUGACAGCGACAAUCUCAGCGGCGCAUCUUCCCGGAUAGGCGCUCCUCCUCCCCUCCCUUCCCUUCUCCUCUCCUCUCCUGCAGCUCACUGACCAUGGCUCUGGUGACACUGCAGCGCUCUCCCACCCCCAGUGCUGCAUCGUCGGCUAGCACGACCAACAGCAGUGCGGGGGAGGAUUUCGGAAGCGAUGAUGAGAGGAAAAAUAAUCAGAGCCUCAGCGAGAGCUUCUUCAUGGUCAAAGGAGCCGCCCUCUUCCUCCAGCAAGGUGGCAGCACGCAAGGACCAAAGACCCCGACCCACCACAAACAUGCAGGUGAUUUGCCUCAACAUCUGCAGGUCAUGUUUAAGAUUCUCCGGUCUGAAGAUCGCAUUAAGCUGGCUGUGCGGUUAGAAAGCAGCUGGACAGAUCGAGUGCGCUAUAUGGUGGUUAUCUACACCACUGGCCACCAAGAUACAGAGGAAAACGUCGUCCUGGGAAUGGACUUUACAGAUAAGGACAGUAAGAAUUGCUCUAUUGGGAUGGUGCUGCCGCUGUGGAGCGAUACCAACAUACAUUUAGAUGGAGAUGGAGGCUUCAGUGUGAGCACAGCAGGGCGGUCACAUGUCUUCAAGCCUGUGUCUGUGCAGGCCAUGUGGUCCGCCCUGCAGGUCCUCCAUAAGGCAUGCGAGGUGUCCCGCCGGUUCAACUACUUCCCAGGGGGCAUUGCUCUCACAUGGAUGGCCUUCUACGAGAGCUGCAUCACCUCCGAGCAAAGCUGCAUCAAUGAGUGGAAUGCUAUGACCGACCUGGAGAGCACCCGGUCUGAUUCUCCCACCAUGUUCGUCGACCAGCCAACUGAGCGAGAGAGAACUGAAUGUGCCAUUAAAGCCAAACUACGCAACAUCAUGAUGUUUCAAGACUUGGAAAACAUCACCUCAAAGGAGAUCCGUAACGAGCUGGAGCAGCAUAUGAACUGUAACCUCAAAGAAUACAAGGAGUUUAUAGACAAUGAGAUGCUUUUGAUCCUCGGUCAGAUGGACAAGGCUACACUUAUCUUUGACCAUGUCUAUUUGGGCUCUGAGUGGAACGCUUCCAACCUGGAAGAGCUACGUGAGUGUGGAGUGGGUUUUAUUCUGAACGUUACCAGAGAGAUCGACAACUUUUUCCCAGGCUUGUUUUCUUACCACAAUGUCCGAGUGUACGACGAGGAUGCCACUGACCUGCUGGCCCACUGGAAUGACACUUACAACUUUAUCGUCAAAGCCAAGAAGAAUAAUUCCAAGUGCCUGGUGCACUGUAAGAUGGGGGUGAGCCGGUCUGCCUCUACUGUUAUUGCCUAUGCAAUGAAGGAGUAUGGCUGGUCUCUGGAGAAAGCCUACAACUUUGUCAAGCAGAAACGGAGUAUAGCUCAGCCAAACGCCGGCUUCAUGAGACAGCUGGCAGAGUAUGAGGGAAUUCUAGAUGCCAGCAAACAGCGUCACAACAAGCUAUGGAGGCCUGGAGCAGAUGAGGAGGGAUCGGAUGAUUUGCAAGCCUCAGGCCAUUGUGCCGGUGGAGGGGAAACACUCAGAGAAGAGGAAGCCUGGGGAGGCUGCGGGGCAUCUCCCUGUAGGGGUAUGGGUCUGGAGAUGGAACCUCUAGACUCUCUUAACUAUAAUUAUUACUUUAGACGUUUGUCAGACUCCGCACUUGACAGUGAGCCUUCCACUCCAGUUCGGGGACCCCCUCUGCUCGGUAUGGAAAGAGUUUUUAUUGAGAUUGAAGAUGUAGAGAGAGAUGCCCUGCUGGAGGACGAGGGUUUCCCCAUGGCCCAUUUAGCCCUGCCUGGUGAGGGCACCGCAGCCCAGACCUGUGGACGCCUUGAUCCCCUCGAGGACAUGAGGCUGAGGCUCGAGUUCAGUACUUUGGAAGAAGAGGAUGAAGAAGAAGCUAAGAAAGAGGAAGCUGAGAUGGCAGCUUUGGCUCAAAUGCCUGGAAAUUCAGAGGGGAAGAAAAUGGGGGAGGAGGAUGAGAGGAGCGAGGAAAGCCGGUUAGGGUUAGCCAACCUGAACACCAACAACAGUAACCGCCUAGCAGCCAAGCGCAGCUGUCCUGCAGCUUUUGAUGACAGUGGUAGCACAGGAAACCCUUUAAAAGUGAAGCCCUCCUAUCAGUCCUGUAAGGACUGCAUGCGUCUACCGCAAGGGCGGCGCUGUGACCGUCCAACAGGAGGCCGUCCCCACCGCCUUAACCCUUCCCGCCACUGCACUGUCCCUUCCAUAUGCAUAGAUCCGCCUGGAACGAAUUUUGCUUCCACAUCGAGUCUGCAGUCUCUUUCCAGCCCUGCAGUUGUACCACCUAACUUGAUCCAGCCCUCUACUCAACUGUACCGCUGUUCCACCUGUGCCCCUGACGUCACAGCUGUUCCCCUAACCAACCACCAGAAACUGGCCUCACCCAUGAACUGUGAGGAGGCGCCUCCUGACCGCAGCUCAGUGGAAACGGAGGACAUGGAUGAACCGCAGGGUGAACAAGUGUUAAGGGAGUGUACUGACGCCAUCAGUGACGCUGAAGAUUUAAAAUUACAACCUGGUGGAGCAGUAGAGCUCCCGCAGCUGCAAAUGCCAGGACUGGGGAUAGAAUUUGGUCUGGAACUGAUGCGACAGAGGGCAGAGCAGCUUGAGAAGCUGCCAAGCAUGGCCAUGGAGGCCAGCUCUCAGUAGGACACCUGCCUUAACACGGUGGCUCAAGCAAAGAUGAGAUGGGGGGAUGAGAAGUGGCUUGCCACUGUCUCAGUCUCUUUAAUGGCUUUGAGAAGUUAAAACCUGCUGCUGUGGUACCACGAACAAAGCACUGUGCUGAUCUCCACUCUAAUGUCUCGGCUCCAUUUAAACAAGCUGCAGAAGCUCAGUGCAUUGACAGAGAGAGCUCCGUCGUAGACUUCCGGCAUUGAGAUCCAGAUGAGGCCGAUUGCUUUCACUAUGUGCUUAAGGCCUGGAUGCUUCAGAUCGAGCCAGGGUGGAAGACUUUCCCGUGUGUUUGAGGCCGCCGUGGGCUAUUCGAACUGCCUUUCUCACCACACGUGCAGGAUCAUCCCCUUUUCCCACUCCCCAGCCGAGACGAGCAUUACGCCGCCAUGUUGCCAUCAGAAGACAAGUUUCAGUGCAGCAGUGGCAGUUCGUAACAUCUAGUUGUGGUUCCUUUAUGACUCCUCAGAGUGCUUUAUUUAAAUGUCGAUGAAAAGAAAAAUACAGAAGUAGCACGCUUCUGUCAGUGUACUCUGUUUCCAGUAUUCAUGGAGGAGCUCAAUAAGUAAUUAUAGCUGAGCCACUGUUUCCUCAUAUUACUACAGAUAACUGAACCAUCACUGAGCUUAACUUAUAUUUUACCUGCUGCAGCUGCUUUUGCAUCGUGAGAGAACAUUUCAUGUGAAAGCAUACUAGUUUAUAUGAAAGAAAAAAGUGGAUGUGACCGUAGCCUUUUUAAUGCCUCUUUGUGAAGCACCGUACCUCGGGCCAGGAGCGUCUCAGACUGUUUUUGGUCAAAGACUGUUUUGUUCUUUCUGCUCAGCGGCUACUUCACCCUGACCUCCUCCAAUAAAGUUAAUCUAAUCAUGUACUGAAAGCGCUUAGUUUAGUCCACGCAUGACUUUGCAGUAUUACAUAACAUAUCUCCAACACAUUUACACACAAAUGUAUCGAACAACAACAAACUUCUACUUGAGUUUUUUAGCAUUUGAUUUUCUAAUAAUUGGUUACAUUGUAAGUAACAACAAAAAAAGGUGCAUUCGUUUUUCAAGUGGAUUUUGAAUUGAUUCAGCCUAACCUGAUCAAUCAUCUUAUGCAUAAGAGAAUGACAGAAGAUUGAAAGGCAUUUAGACCCCGAGCAACAACCAGAUCAUUUCUGAUGUAACCAAAGCUGUAACAUGCACGGACACUCGGAUUGCAUCCACAGAUAUUUUUAAAUUCACACAAAUCACAUAUACAGUAGAUUAUGCAGUUGAGCACAACUCUAGUAUCCAUUCACACCAUGCACAGUCAUACGAAAACAGACCAGGAAAUCAAAAAAAUAUAUUUUUUAAUCUCUUGAAAGUUUAAGGGAUUAGUUGCGUUUGUUCGCCGUGUCAAGUGGAGCCCAUCCCUGUGUAAUGUAUAACUUAUUUGCUCUAAUGAUAACAUUUGAUCCACGUGUCAACUGGUUAUGCUGUAAAAAUUUGUUCAUAAUAUACUGUGAAAUUGAAAAAAGUAACUCCAGUCACUCCUAUAUGAAAAUCAGAUGAUAUUUAUAACUUAUUGUACUGGAUUUCCUUUAUUUUAAAUGCAGAGAAGGUAAUCUAUGACAUCAAGAUGAUUGCAAAGCUUAGCACAUGCAGGUUUACACACGUGUCCCAGGCAGUUAUUUCAGAGCUUUUUCUAAUUUUUUAUUUAUACUUUCUUUCUUUUUUUGUUCUUUUUUUUUUUUUUUUUUUUUACAGUGUCGCAUAGCCUAAGGCUUCUUCUGGUUUGUUUGUUUUUAAAGCUGUUUCCUAAGUGGUGUGCCACAAAUCCAAAGUUGCUGUGCCACAAGGUUUAUUCUCUGUAAAAUUCUCUGUUUGGUUGCUCUUGUGUCGAUUCCCUUACUGGCGCGCUGGGUGUGCUGCUAAAGGAUGCCUGUUUGUCUGCAGAGAAAGCGUGUGCACGAUGUAUUACUGUGUUUAGCACUUAAGAAAAAUGAAAACUGUGCAAAGAACGAAUGCAAAUCAUUUGGUUAUCUUCAACUGUGCAUUUAUUCUUUAUUUUUGUGGAAAUUUGGUUUGUUUUUAAUUCGAUAAGUAUGAACAACAGUGCAACCUCUGUUCCUUUUUCUCCCCGGACUAACUGAAUCAGAGGGAGCUGCAGGUUUGCUCCACUAAUUAGAUUAAAAUAUUUUGGUGCUCAAUUUAAGCUGGUCUUUUCCUUCACAUGGCCAUUUGAGUGUUACGUAACACAAGAUGAUUGAAAGAGCUUGCAACUGAACAACUUCAAACUGAAAAGAGUUUGAAUUCAGAAAUUGUAACAAGUGAUGAACUUGCAAAGGUUUGUGAAAGACAGAUUAAGGAAAUAUCAUAUGGAGCUAAAAAACUGGUAUGCUUUAAUGUAAGUAUGAAGCUAUAGCCAUUAUCCAGUUAGCUUAGGUUAGUGUGAUGACUGGAAGCAGAAACUAAGUUUAUGGGUCUCUGUGUAAUCCACCAAUUUAUUUCACUACUUGACAUAUUAUCUUACUUAAAAAAUGUGAAAAAUCUUCUUUUUUUGUUUGUUUUUGUUGUUUUUAGUUUUCAUGCUACGCUAACUAGCUUCUGACUAUACCAAUCAAAUGCCAAGGUGGUGUUGAUUUUGUCGAAGUAAGCAUACUUUAUCAAAUUUCAAACUAUUUCUUUAAUGUAUUAAAGGUGGGAUUCCACGUUAAGCCAGUUUUUAGCAUUUUAAAGCUCUUGGCACAUGGACCUGAUUAAGGUUGACAAAAUUCCUGCAUCCCUGCACCACAGCACUAUGUUUGGCUGGUUUUGUCCCUUUUUUUCUAUUUAAGUGCCUUAACCUCAGCCUUAGCUCUAACAUAAAGCAUCACAGGCUUUGCAAAUUUUCUGUGAGUGUGUUGAUGGUCUGGCUUUUUGUACAUUACUUAACCUCACUCCCAAUAAUAACCAUUACCCUUUGCAAUGUAUAACUUAGCACAUAUUAUAAUGUAUGCAAACACACUCGAGCUCAUUUACAGCAGCAUCUUCUCCCUCAACGCACUUGGUGGACUUCCAUUUAUUAAUAGCCUCUAAUAAUGAUGUAAUUGUUUGAUAUUGUUGAGACUUGUGGUACAUUGUAUUGGUUCAAUAGCUGAAGAACCUUAUUUGCUGGAAUGAGAACUAUCAUUUACAUUAAACUGUUAGAUAGGAUGAAUUUAUCUUUGAAAUUUACCAGUCUGUACAUAUUUUUCUCUACAAUUUGCUAUUUGAGUAUAUUAGCUUGCAGACAUGGUCAAUAUUUAAGAAGAAAGUAUUAAAAAUGCUACUGUGUAUUGAUAAGUACUCAUAAUUAAGUUCUCGUGUUUGUACCACGCAAAAUAUUUUAUAUAAUCUCUAAUUUAGGCAGUUUUCAGGCUCUAUGGAAAAUGGCUGUGUUUGUUUUAUUGCAUUAGUCCCAGGCAUCAGGCCUCAAAAUGACAAUCCUACUGAAGAGCCAAGCACUGAGGACGUUAAAAACACAUUGUAAUGUAGGGAGGGGGGGUUAUUUGAGGUAUUUGAGUGUAUUUAUAGAGCACAAGUCAGCCCCAAAGCACGUGAGCUUGAGUGGAAGAUGUAAAUAAGUAAAAACCUCCCUGAGAGUAAGAUUUUGUUACGUUUGAUGCUUUUUGUUAACUUUUGUGUACUGUACAUUGCCAAUGUUCAUGUGUAUGCACUUUUUUUACAUUUUGUUAAUAUGUUGUCCAGUCUAAUGUUUAUCAUGGAAAUAAACUAUUUCCUCUGCA